AUGCAGUCAUACACCACGCUGACGAUUCCCGUGGGCUUCGACCCCGCCGUGCGCCACGACCCCCUCCUAUCGCGUAAGCUGGAGCCCUUGCCGCUGGCGCCAGCGCCCCCUCAAGACCCUAUCGACGGCGACGACGACCAGCUGCCCGUGCUCUACUGUAUGCUUGCCGGGGGGUUUGGCGGCCUUGUCGGCGACCUGGUGAUGCACUCGUUGGACACGGUGAAAACGAGGCAGCAGGGGUUCCCCAAUAACCCAAACUAUCACAAUAUGGUCAGCGCCUAUAAACGGAUCGCCACCACCGAAGGGGUGUUCCGCGGCCUCUACGCUGGGUACGCGCCGGCGGCGCUCGGGCUGUUACCGUCAACAGCGGCGUUUUUCGCUACUUACGAGUUUUCUAAGCGCCAGAUGUUGCUGUGGCAGAUGCCAGAGACGUUAUCAUUUUUCCUUUCGGGUAUUUUAGGUGACUUGGCGCUGAGUGUGUUCUACGUGCCACUGGAGGUGCUCAAGACGCGGUUACAGCUCCAAGGGCGCUAUAACAACCCUUACACCAAAGGGUGCGGCUAUAACUAUAAAGGGUUGAUCGACGCCGUCCGCCAGAUUAAGCGCACCGAGGGGUUGCGCACGUUGACCUUUGGCUACAAAGAGACGUUGCUCCGUGACUUACCGUUUUCGGCAUUGCAGUUCGCCUUCUACGAGAAGUUUCGCCAGUUCGCCAUAUAUUGCAAUAACCACUCCAAGGACCUCAGUGUCCCCGUGGAGCUUGCCACCGGUGCCGCCGCCGGCGCCCUUGCCGGUACAUUAACCACGCCAUUAGAUGUGAUCAAGACCCGUAUCCAGACGGCGACGGCGACGCCAUCUUCCACUACCGCUGCUUCUGGGUGGCAGGCGCGGCUUUUGGCGCGAUCAAGUACGGCACGCGCCCUCGACCUGAUCUACCGAGCGGAGGGCAUCUUCGGCGUGUUUCUGGGGGUGGGGCCACGGUGUAUCUGGACGGGGGUCCAGAGCUCCAUCAUGCUCUUGCUCUACCAGGUAGCGUUGAAGCGGUUAGACACCUACAUGGGCACCGGUGCCGAGCUGCGGUUGGCGUGA